AUAACGUCUGAGAGGGGAGGCGCUGAGCCGCUUCUUCUCUUCUGCACAUUUCUGCAGACGGGAACAACCGUCUUCCGCCACACAGGAGCGGAGACCUGGCAGGGAGCGGUACGGAAACGACUGUUUUGUGAUGCAAUUCUUCUGCGGACUCCCAGAGAGACAGCCUAAGCAUCUAAGUGCUGUCUGACCUCUGACCUCCAAGGAGACAUCCUUCGUUUGGGUGAGGGCGGCUUGACCUUCGACCCCUCCCAGGACUAAAAGUGCGAACCUACCCUGACCUCCGCUUACCCUUACCUUGGAAACUGAUGUUUAAUCUAGCACCUUUACUCCUGUGACUGCUGGGAUGAUCUUCUCCAGUGCUGUUGUCCUCGGGGCCACCCUGGGCACUGCCUCAGGGGCCCUCACCCUAUGCCUGCUCUCCUUGCUCUGCAAGCAGUACAGGAAGGGACAGUUGGAGGGUUCGCAGGAUGCCGACCCAGAGAAGACAAUGCCCAGCGUGAUGCACUCCACUGAGCAGUUCAGUGUGGAGAAGUCCACAGAGCCUAUCCAGCCAGAGACGCAACUGAAAUUCCCCAAAACCUACAAGCCGAAGCCUUCGGUGACCUCCCCCGAGGUCAUCGGUCUCCCCUCUUACGCCCUGGCGACGACGGACGAACCGUUGCUGGACAAGCCCGCUACAGCUGAGCUUGAACAUGGUAUCCUAGCAACAGCAGAAUCUGAGAAGGUCUUCAUCAUCCCCAGGCAAGGUUCCACCAAAAACGGCCCCACUGGCGCAGAGCUCAAGAAGAGCCCGACUACGAGCGACUCGGUCCUUCGUCCUAAGCUGCACUUCUCCCUGACCUACCAAAGCCGGGAAAAGGAGCUGCACGUCACUGUGAUGGAAGUGGAGCACGUGAACACGGAGACCGGCUGCGAGGGCUAUGUGGCGGGGCAACUGUCGACACCCUCGGGCCGCAGGGAUGCUCAGACGACCAUGCAACGCCUGGCACCCUCUAUGCGCUGGAGGGAACGCCUGGUGUUCCCGCUCCCGGGUGGUUGCCGAGGUGAAGGAGAGGUAGCCCUGUCCCUCCACAGCUGGGACCGCUUCUCCCGGCACGUCAACCUGGGCACCAUGCACUUCAAGCUUGCUGAUGUGGACAUGAUGUCUGACGCCGAAUGCUGGGUCGACCUUCAACCUCCCAAACAGGAGGUGGCCGUGUCUGCAGGCGAGAUCCUGCUGUCCAUCAGCUACCUGCCGGCAGCCAACCGUCUCGGCGUGGUGGUUAUGAAGGCUCGUGGUCUGCAGUCCAGCAAGCUGAAGGAUUCUAUUGACCUCUCUGUGAAGCUGGCCCUCAAGCACCAAGCCACCAAGCUCAAGAAGAAGCAGACGCGACGGGUUAAGCACAAGAUGAAUCCAGUGUGGAACGAGAUGAUGAUGCUCGAGGUCCCUAGGGACCUACUGGCCAAGACCAGUCUGGAGCUGGAGGUGCUGAACCAGGCUGGUGUUGGGAGGCUGGAGCCGCUGGGUCGCUGUCAGCUGGGCCUGCAGGCCACCGGGACGGGGCUCCAGCACUGGCAGCAGAUGCUGGAGAACCCACGCAAGCAGAUUGCCAUGUGGCAUCUUCUCUAUGCCUGAGCCAAUCAGGCAUGGAUCAAAAUAUCACCACGGUCCAGAAACUCAUGGGCUCUACCACAACCAUCUAGCCAAUCUUAAUUGACCUCAACGUGUCAAUGGUUCGCAAACGUUCGAUUUCAAGUCGAUCCAGGUCUAGGAUUAUAAACUCAAUGAAAGAAACCUUGGCUCGGUAUUUGUACUUACGUCCUUAACCAGUAAACUUGCCUGACUAUUAACCUUUCUCCGCUCAAACCCCUCUUUCAUUCAGAAGUAAGAACACUGUGCAUGAGUCUGCUCUGCAGACUGAUUUUCCCCUUACAUUGAGGAUAUUUUGAGCUGCACAAAUCCCACAAAUCAAAGCCUGCUUUCCCAUCCAAAACAGACAUUUUCGUUUGUUUACUUCUCUUUGUUUUUUUGGUGUUUUCUUUCAUCCCGUUUUAGUAAUGUCUAAUUCUGCAUCGCCCGUCCGAAACGCUUCCACUGCAUCCCAGAUGCAGAGGGAACCUCAGAUUUAAUCCCCCAUCUGCUCUCCUAUUCACACUGCCCUUCGUGUGUUCGUGUCCUGGACAACAUCCUUCGCUGAGGGCUGAAUCACCUGACAUGCGCUCCUCCCAUCUAUAGCCGCACUCAUCCAGACAUCACGUGACCCACUGCUGGCAGCACGGUAGGCGGUAGAGUCGUCUUUUUUUUUUUUCAGUGCUGUAUUCAGCCAAGACACACCACCCAAAUUAAGGCUCUUACCUUUGGUGGAAUAACAUAAUUUGCCCUUGCGGGACUCUAGUCACAAGGAGCAAAUGAUAUAGUACCGAACAGGUCAGUGACCUGAGCUGUGCUGGAGAGACAAACCUUCAUUAAUGAAAAGCAUUUGACUUGACCAAACCUCAUUUGAUGAGCUUUCAAUAUAAUUAUUAUCAAUUGCUAAUUAUUAUUAAUGGAUGCAAUGUCUUGCUGGAUGCAUAUUUGCAUGUCCAAAAAAAAGUCAGCAAAUAAGGAAUGCAUUGGGAUGCACACACACACACACACACACAC